AUGGCUGUGGAUAAAAAUUCUAGCGCACACAAUGAACCGACUGAUGACGUGAAAUCAGUAGCACCCUCCAACGAUGAGUAUGAUGAUAAUUCUGGUGGUGUAGACCUCGAAAAUCUUCCUGAAAACUUCAUUGCCCCUGAAGCAAAAGGUUUCGGAGCACGAAACAAAGCAGCUGUAAGGAGAAAAUUGGAUGGUAAAUUCACAUCAAAAAACCUGAUGUGCAGUAGGGAAGGUGCACGCCAGCUAAAGUACUUGGAAAACCCAAAUAGGAAGCGCCCGUCAAGACCGGAAACUAGAUGUGGGUGCCAAGCUGUAAUCAAGUUCAAGUGGAAUCCAAGUGACGACUCUUGGUUCGUGAGAGACUUUGUUGGGGUCCAUGAUCAUGAGCUUGUCUCCCCAAGUGAAGUCCGAUUUAUAAGAAGCCAUAGAAGUCUUUCAGAUGCUGACAAGCUCCGUAUCAAGGCAUUGAUCAAUUCUGGGGUAUCUCCUGCCGUGACAAUGAGGAAUCUGGUUCAACAAGCCGGUGGUCCUGAAAAACUACCUUUCCUUAAAAAGGACUUGUACAAUGCUUGUCAAAGAACUCAGAAGGAAGAUAUUCCAGAUGGGGACACGGAGGCCGUGUUUUCAUACCUGCUCGGGAAACAGAAUACUGACCCUGGGUUUUUCUUGAAAUAUACACGAGACGAAGAUAAUGCUCUGGAUAUACUCUUUUGGUGUGACGGGACGUCCCGUAAUGAUUACAGAGCAUUUGGCAACGUCAUUGCCUUUGACACCACAUACAAAGUAAAUGCGUACCACAAGCCGCUUGUGGUGAUUGUCGGUGUAAAUCACCACAUGCAAAGUGUUGUUUUUGCUGUUUCUCUAGUUAGCCAUGAAAAGGAGGAGACAUUCAAGUGGAUAUUGGAGCAGUUGACUGAAGCAGGGGAUAACGUCGCUCCUCACACUGUUUUGACUGACGGGGACAAGGCAAUGGCAAAUGCUAUAUCAGUUGUUUUCCCGAAGGCAGUACACAGGCUGUGUUUGUGGCAUUUAAUGAGGAAUGUAAAAGAACAUAGCUCAAAAACGUUUUGUAGUGGUUUCAUGAAAUGUGUUGACAGAUGUCGUACGCCCACCGAGUUUGAGCAGGCUUAG